CGUUUCUCCGGAUUUCGAUCCCCCUUUUUCUAUCUGUCAAUCAGCGCCGCCUUUGAACUGAAAAGCUCUCAGUCUAACUUCAACUCACUCAAAUCCGAGCGGCACAAGCUCCUUCUAUAUCUACGGCUUCCCCCCCGACCCCCCUUUGCUCUUUAGAGCUGACUUGUUGUUGUUGGUGUGGUUUUUUUACACCCCAGUUUUUUAUUUAUUAUUUUUUUUUGGUACAUUGAUCGGUUCCGUGGGAGACAGAGAAAAAAGAAACCUAAACUCACGCGUGCAGAAGAUAUUUCCCCCCCUCCCCUCCCCUCCUCCCUCUUUUCCCCUCCCCAGGAGAAAAAAGACCCCAAAGCUGAAACUUCACCUUGGACUCUUUUUCGUACCGAUUUUUUUUUGAAAAACUUUUUUUGAGAUUUUUUUUGUUUUUUUUUUUCCUUUCAUUUUCUUCCAAAAUUGCUGCUGGUGGGUGAAUAAAAUGCCGCAGUUGAACGGCGGUGGAGGGGACGAUCUGGGAGCCAACGACGAGCUGAUCUCCUUCAAAGACGAAGGGGAGCAAGAGGAGAAAAUCUCGGAAAACUCUUCGGCAGAAAGGGAUUUAGCAGAUGUGAAAUCGUCGCUCGUCAAUGAAUCGGAAACGAAUCAAAACAGCUCCUCAGAUUCAGAGGCGGAAAGACGGCCUCCGCCUCGAUCCGAAACUUUCAGAGAUAAAUCCAGGGACAGUUUAGAAGAAGCUGCGAAAAGGCAAGAUGGAGGGUUGUUUAAGGGCCCACCAUACCCUGGUUAUCCUUUUAUAAUGAUCCCCGACUUGACCAGCCCUUACCUCCCCAACGGAUCGCUUUCUCCUACGGCGAGAACACUCCAUAUUCAGUCGGGGAGCACUCAUUACUCAGCGUACAAAACGAUUGAACACCAGAUUGCAAUUCAGUAUCUCCAGAUGAAAUGGCCGCUGCUUGAUGUUCAGGCAGGGAGCCUGCAGAGUAGACAGGCCCUCAAGGAUGCUCGGUCUCCAUCUCCAGCUCAUAUUGUUUCUAACAAAGUGCCAGUUGUGCAACACCCUCACCAUGUACAUCCUCUUACGCCACUUAUUACGUACAGCAAUGAGCACUUCACCCCAGGAAACCCUCCUCCACACUUACCAGCCGACGUAGAUCCCAAAACAGGAAUUCCAAGACCUCCACAUCCUCCAGAUAUAUCUCCUUAUUACCCAUUAUCACCCGGCACUGUAGGACAAAUCCCCCAUCCGCUAGGAUGGUUAGUACCACAGCAAGGUCAGCCAGUCUACCCAAUCACAACAGGGGGAUUCCGACAUCCCUAUCCCACAGCUUUGACUGUCAAUGCUUCCAUGUCAAGCUUUCUCUCCUCUAGGUUUCCUCCCCAUAUGGUCCCACCACAUCAUACUUUACACACAACUGGAAUCCCUCAUCCGGCCAUAGUUACACCAACAGUCAAACAAGAAUCUUCCCAGAGUGAUGUUGGCUCACUCCACAGCUCGAAGCAUCAGGACUCCAAAAAAGAAGAAGAAAAGAAGAAGCCUCAUAUAAAGAAACCUCUUAAUGCAUUCAUGUUGUAUAUGAAGGAAAUGAGAGCAAAAGUCGUAGCAGAAUGCACAUUGAAAGAGAGUGCAGCCAUCAACCAGAUCCUUGGGCGAAGGUGGCAUGCAUUAUCCAGAGAAGAGCAAGCUAAAUACUAUGAACUAGCAAGAAAGGAACGACAGCUUCAUAUGCAACUUUAUCCAGGCUGGUCCGCACGGGAUAACUAUGUAGGUGGCUAUGGGAAGAAGAAGAAGAGGAAAAGGGACAAGCAGCCAGGAGAGACAAAUGAACACAGCGAAUGUUUCCUAAAUCCUUGCCUUUCACUUCCUCCGAUUACAGAUGCAAAUACUCCAAAGAAGUGUCGGGCAUUGUUCGGGCUUGACCGACAGACUUUAUGGUGCAAACCGUGCAGGAGAAAAAAAAAGUGCGUUCGCUACAUACAAGGUGAAGGCAGCUGCCUCAGCCCACCCUCUUCAGAUGGAAGCUUACUAGACUCUCCUCCUUCUUCUCCUAACAUGCUAGGCUCCCCUUCCAGAGACUCAAAACCACAGACUGAACAAACACAACCUCUCUCGCUCACAUUGAAACCCGACCCCCUGCCACACCUCUCGAUGAUGGCUCAGCCAUCCCCUCUAAUCUUGACCCAAAGCACCAACGGCAAGCCCAGCGCCCUGUCUGCCACCCACUGUCCGAACGGAGCCCUGGACCCACAGCCCGCCACUUUUCAGCCGCCGGCCGCCCCCCCACCGCCGCUCGCUCAGCCGUCGACGUCCUCUUUACAUUCCCACAGUUCCCUGGCCGGGGCCCAGGCCCAACCCCAGCCCCUCUCCCUUGUAACCAAGUCUUUAGAAUAGCUUUAGCCUCUCUAGCCCUGGAUGCGGUUUCCUCUCCCACCCCCCUCCGCCUCCCUGACCCCCUCUUUUAGUUUUGUUUUCAGUUUUGAGGAUUCGUUAUUCCGUUUUGUUUUCCUGUCGGUUUUAAUUUUGUGCCACAUGGCUACAUUAGUUGAUGUUUAUCGAGUUCAUUGGUCAAUAUUUGACCCGUUCUUAUUUCAAUUUCUCCUUUUAAAUAUGUAGAUGAGAGAGAACCUCAUGAUUCUGCCAAAAUUUUUAUCAACAGCUGUUUAAAGUCUUUGUAGCGUUUAAAAAAUAUAUAUAUAUACAUAACUGUUAUGUAGUUCUGAUAGCUUAGUUUUAAAGACUGAUUUAAACAAAGAAGCAAUUUUGAAGCAGCCCUUGAAGAAGGCGUUGGUUCUUUAUUAUUUGUAUUAAAUACGAGCUUGCGAACCAAUCAUUUUACAUCUGGUUUUUAAACCAUAAGGGCACAGUGAAUGCAGUGUGCCAUUACCUUUUUCCUUGUGUGAAACAACUUUUAUUGUGAUGUUACUUGUUAUUGUUUAAAUGUACAGAAACAAAGGGUUAAAAAUGUGUUAAUAUACCUUGUUCCAUGGUGUUGUUCUUUUUAGGGGAGGGGGUGCUACUCAACAAUUAAAAGUAUCACAACGCUAUUGGACCAGUAGUAUUUAUUGCUUUAGAGAUUGCUUGUUGUAUCUGUAUGUUGUCCCUUUUAAAAUGUUUUCUUUUUUCUUGAAACAUUGUAUAAAGUUUUUUUCCCCCUUAGUGUAAGCAUCUUAUAUAUAACUACUCAUUUGUACAAGGUUUUUAAGUUUAUAUAAAAAUGUGUAUAUAUAUAUUUUUUUGUUGGUUAUGUUUUGAUUUUUUUUGUUGUUUGGGGUUUUUUUUGUGGUUAUUUUUGCUGUAUGAAACACAGGUGCCACCAAAUGGACAUUGUAGAUGCAUUAAAGGAUCAAUAGUGUAAAAAGAAAACCAAUUGCUUUAAAAGCCAUUACAUUAAAUAAGACUUGAAAAUUAGCAAGGGAAUUUUAGCAAAGCUGUUUGGAAAGCAGCUGAAGCAUCGGUGACUUCCAGUAGGACCUGCAGUUAAAUCCCCUGCGACAUUAGGACUGUGGAUGGACUGUGUACAAAUUUUUAUGUGCCAAAAUUCUCAGUGAAUUUAACUUUCUCCCAAUUUUUAAUGCUGUAAUUUUUGUUCAUCCUGUUUUGCUGUGAUGUUACAUAGGUAGAUAUGUAUGUAGUUUUUAAUGUCACCUAUAACAAGACGUGUUUGGUAGCAGAUUGUCCGGAAAGCAUUUAAAAUGAAGAGGUAUGAAGCCUUAAGGGCCAAAUUCUGUAUAAUAAAUUACUCAUAAAGGAAAAACAGACUGCCACUUUUAUGUACCCGUACUACAUACAGGUAGGUAGCAAACUUAAAAAAAGGCAUGUUGAUGUUGCAAAAUCGCUGUAUAAAGCUGAAAAUUGUUCAUCUGUUCAUUCAGUGCCAUUGUAGUUGACAUGACGCGAUUGUAAAACUGUCUCAGAUUUUUCUCUGGUUUAUUAAGAUGCUAACUAUAACAUUUUUUGUGAAUACUUUGAAUGUUUCCUAACAGUUGUGAUGUUACUGUUCCGUUUUAUGCUCUUAUUCUGAUUUUCAUUUUCAAUGGUUUUGGAGCCAUUUUUGUAAUGAAUAAAUGUUCAUGCUGUACAGUAUCUGUAGCAUGCAGUUCUGGAUUAAUAAAAGCAACUUAGUAUGUGCAGA